AUGCGGUUUGAGAAUAGCAGACAGGCAAGCGGCAGGAUGGAGUCGACAAAGCGGACCAGGCUCGCGUGCAUAGGUGAUCACGAAUUUUACGUGGUUACAAGGUUUGUCGGGCCGGUGAGGGUGUCGUUUGAGCUCGAAGCAGUGCCCGCUACCACACGUAGCGAUGUGCCACCGGUUGCAACGGGAGAAUUGGUCGUCAUAGACUCAACAGCCUCGGGAAAGGGUAGAACGGCGCAGGAUGACUUCUAUCAGAUCGUCAUAGGACCAGUCUUCGAGAAGUUGAACCUUCACCAUACGCUGAUUAAGACGACGUCACGUGAUAGCAUAUCUUCCUAUGCUAGAACUCUUGACACCGGCCGUUCUUACACAGUUAUGCUUCUCUCCGGCGAUACUAGCAUCUCGGAGCUCAUCAAUAAUCUGCCUCAGAGAUUUUGUGGCUCCGAGUUGUCGGUUCUGCCCUUUCCUCUGGGAAGCGGAAACGCUUGGGCGAGUUCGCUGGGAUUCUUGGAUCCCGCAGAAACGCUUCACUCGUUCUUGACAGGUUCGCUGUCUUCAAAGCACUUUCCAUUGUAUAGAGCGGUCUUCCCAAAUGGCUACUCAAUCGUGUUCUUCAUCAUUUUGUCCCUGGGGUUCCAUGCCAACAUGUUGCACGCUUGUGAAGCGCCGGAGUAUAAACGCAUGGGUAAUGAAAGAUUUCGCGAGGCUGGGGGCCGGGUUUUGGCGCAGUACGACCUUGAUCUCGGCAUCACCGCCGGCGGCCUAACAAAUUCGUACUCGUAUUUUGCUCUUAUUAACACACCAAACUUGGAGCCGGCAUAUACGCCGUCGCCGCAGUCGAAUCCGCUCAGGCACGAACUACAUGUUCUGGCGUACUCGAGCAGUUUGGGAAAGGACCAACUGUUGGCCAGCAUAAUGAAAGGCUAUCGGUUGAAGAAAGGCGAAGAAUUACCGAAAGAGGCGGGCACAACGUACCUGCCAAUGACCACUGACUUCGAUGUGAAACUGAACAUUGACCCAGAAAAGGCUCCGAGGUAUAAAUUUGAGAUAUGCUGCGAUGGUGUGUUGCUGAACCUCUUGGAUCUGCAAUCAGAGGAUACUGUUAAGAACACAAUCCAUAUUGAAUUCCCACACCAUUAUUCUGGUUUCAACCUGAAAGUACUGUCACCGAGGUAG